UUCGUGUUAUCGACGUCGCGGCAAACUCCAAAUUCGUGAUCGAUUCGUAAAGAGAUUAUUUUCAUUUACAUUUUCAUCACUUGUUUUCAAGAAAAUGCGAAAAAAACAAUGAACUUUCGACGUUUUCGUUUCAGUGAUUGACUUUUCGAAUUGGUGCAUGGUUUUGAGACUCGCAGAUUAUAGUGAAACGUCAAACUUUGCAAGCGCUCGAUGUUUCGAAGUCUCCGUCACGUGACCGAACGAUCGCACAAAACGAGAUGAAAACUUUGACGACGUCAAAGUUUUUCGGCAAGAUGACGCGUCAUGGGCUGUUCCGGAAAUUCAACAAGAUCAACAACGCCGAAAUUACGGAGUAGAAACAAAACCGGAAGUAGGGGAGAAAAAAGGCCGAGAUAAAUUGGAUGUCCUUGAAAAAAGUGAUCCUCGCAAGCCAGUCAUAUGUAUAUAAAGUUCAGUGGUUCAAUAUACAGCGAGUGAGAGCCACGAAGUAAAAAGAUGUUUUCGUCACUUCCGGACCAGACUUGACUCCUCCGUUGAAGAUAGCGUCGAAAUCAAAACGCCCACAAGUCGAGUGAAUCUUGAAGGAUUCGAGGGUGAAUAAAAAGCUGCGGAGAGGGAAGAAAACGUACUUUUUGUGCGUUUGUUCCAAGCAUAUCAUGUCUACUCUGGCAUCGGAAGCUCUUGGAAUCUCCGUGAGGGGGGAUAUUACGAGCAGCAGCACGACCCUCAUGCCAACAGUGACGAGGGUAGAACCGCGGAUCGAUGUCAAUCCUGUCUCAGUCAUAUUAGCCAUCUCCAUUGUCUUUAUACUUGCUCCAAUCACCAUUAGCAGUAACGCCAUGAUUUUAGCUGCCUUCUAUCGUUACAAGAGGCUCAGAACAGCCUCAAAUUGUUUGCUCGCCUCUCUCGCAGUCAGUGACUUUGGGGUCGGAGUAUUCAUGCCAUUUGGUAUGCACUUGGAACUCUCGGGACUUCCGAAUAACGUGGAAGUCUCGAGUGUCUGUAUAGUUCCCUAUUGCAUAGUCAUAGCUCUGUGCAGCGUCAGCGUUCUGGUAACCGUCGCUAUCGCCGUCGACAGACUAACUUCUCUGGCUCAACCACUCCGUUACAAGAAUAUCAUUACCCACAGCAGCGUCGAGAAAUAUAUCGCCGUUUUCUGGCUCUACUCUAUCGCUGUUGGACUCUCGCCUCUUAUUUACGGCCACACAAUGGGGUUCGCACAGUCGUCGCACAGCGGAAAUUGUCGUUUCAACGCAGCCGUUCGACCCCCCGUGCAAGUGUUUCUCGUCCUGGCUGUAUGGGCACCGAGUGCCCUUGUAUUGUUGGGUUGUUACAUGUACGUUUAUCUCGUCGCUCGUGCGCACGCACGAGCUAUAUACACCGUUGAAUUGUCCUUCAGGCACCAGACCCAAACCAUGGCUCUUCCACGUUAUGGUCAAACACUGGCUCUCACUGUCGGAGCUUUCCUCGUGCUCUGGCUACCGUUCCAGGCUUGCAUGCUGCUGGAUGUAUUUUGUGGUACGAAAAUACUCUCGGAAUGGGUGGUGGUAUGGCUAGGAUUGCCAAUACUGGGCCACAGCGCUGCAAAUCCUUGGAUUUACGCGUUUCAUCACGGGGAGAUGCGCGUAGCUGCGGCCAAAAUAGCCGAGGACGUGGUUACGCGUUUCGGAAUACAUCCGAGUCGUUACGGUUGUUCGCCGGUACGUCGUGGUUCGAACACGAAUUUCGAGCUGGCCGAGGUGAACAAAAGUAACGAAAUACGCCCGCCACCCGUCGAGGAUUGUUUCGCGGCGAAGCAUUUAACGACGUUUUAUCAACGUGAAAAAACAAAAUGCUCGCCCGGUGAAUUAUUCAGCAGCGACACUGACAUAUCGCCGGAGGGGAUCGAUCCCACCAGACGAUUUUCCAUCGGCAGCUUGACCGCCGAUAUCGUCGAGGAGGAUAUCCACGAUUUGACAAAUAUGCUCAAGCCUGAAUACGCGAUUGACCGGAACCAUUUGAUCGACUCGAAUCACAACAUCGACAAAAUAAGACAUUUGAAACACCUCUUAGAUCCAACCUUCAACAAGAUACGCCAGCUCAAAUGUCUGAACAGCAAACGUACUGGCGCCAAAACCCUCGACCAUCGACUCGACGAGCCCAAAUUCAUUUCCUAUCAGAAUCUCAAGAGCGACGAGGAUGCCAACAGAAUAAUUCGCCAAUUGAACACCAUGUCGGAUCCCACUUUGCACGCUGACAAUUCUCAUUCCAUCGACUGCAGCCAAGUUCUCACCGAAGGACUGUGCGACGAUGCGCUACUGUGUCGACGGAGAAACUCCAAUCUGUCCUCCAUGUCGGAUCCCAAUCUGAAAACUGCGCAGGCUAAUACUCCGGCGAUUGGAUCGACCAAAAUUGGGAGCCCGCGAGACCGCAACCGGGACAAAAAUCACGGCUACUCCGUGCACAGCCUCGAGCAUGAAAACUCCACGGGUAAAUCGACUCUGCAAUGUCGUAGAAUCGACACGCUCAGAAAAACCUGCGAUUCUCCGAACUCCGUAUCAGCCCUGAGGACCUUCGAACUGGAGGCUCCGCCAAACGCGACUUUAUUCAAAAUCGCUGAACAACAAAACUCUCACAGGAAAUAUUCCAACAGGCAUAUUACUCUCACUACGAACAAGCUCGCCAAUCUCAACUCGGACGAUCGGAAAGCGCGAAGAGCCAUCAAACAUUCGGCUCUCUCGAAAAACGGCAACGCCAGAUUGAGACAAGAAUUUUUGAAACACUCCGAAUCUAUAAGCGCCAUCGAGAAAAGCUUCCAUGCCAAACUGCCUGAACCUGGAGGGUUCAUGGACAACCUCGCUGUGCCGACCAUUCACUCCGAACCUUCCAGCCCCGUUCAACCACUUCCCCUUGACUCCGUUUCGGAGGGAGAACCACUCGCCAUAUUUUCUCACACUGAAAAAUAUGUUUCAUCGAGUCCAACGACGCGGGAUCCAUGGGCGUCGAUUUCGGUGACAAACAGAAGCCAGCAUCGCGAGACGUUUGUGCCAAGUCCAUCUCGGCUCUCGAACCCGAUGCCCCAUGUGCUAUUAAAUGUUGGUGAGAAGCAGGUUGAGUCGAGGUCCGGAGCGUGCCAUUCGCCGAGUAGAAUCGAGGACGCUUCACGAGCCCGAUCCGGUGGAUUGGUGCCCGAGGAAUUGGCUGCAGCGAUUCUUCUCAGCGCGGAAAAGGGCCGCGAGAGACGUCCCUCAGGCACGGUGUUCUCGGAGCACGAUUCAACGAGGUUCAGCUCACGACGACCGUCCGAUCUCAGGUGGUCCGAAUCGUCCAGGUCGCAGGAAGUGCUCUCGACCGUGAACGAUCGUCAGAAAUCGCCGUCCUCCUAUUCAGUGAAUAAUGUUAAAAGCUGCACAAGCGGAAGUGACUUUAACGACGUUACGUGUCUCGGGUCAUUCGCUUGUCCGGACGCCCUGACCUCGUCCUUACGGGAAUCCUUAUUCGAGCCCCAGUCCGUACCGAAUUCCGAAGUAUACACGUCGCUCGAAGACCUCGAGAAUCCGGAGGGCUUCUCGCCGGUAAUCGAGCACGGAAAAACAUCGGCGUCUUCGGUAAUGCCGAUGGUACAUUACUCCGUAUCUACUGUGAAUCUGGAACGACCGAAAAAUUACUUGAACUAUUGUGACGACAAUACCCAGAGCAAGUCCAGCGAAUCGGUACUGAAAAACCAUCACCGUGCUAUCCUGCGACUCGAGGCGUCCGUACAUCGAAGCAGACCUCGUGUCCGCCCUGGUAAAGACUGCAUUAUCCAAGAUUCACCGUUCAAGAGAAAUUCGAGACUAGCUCCACUGGCUCUACCAACGCCAAUGGAAAUUUGCACUCCGACGUACGACGCAGCCACUGAAAUAAAAGGAACUUCCGGUGUCGGUGUACGGGUGUAAAGUUCUCGUGCCGUACAACUUCCGUAUCACAUUUUUCUUAUCAUUUGAACCUCCAAUUAGGCUUCGAAUUGAAAGAAUUGUUGUUGUCUACUUAACUCGAGAUGCGCGUGAUUUAACGACAGCGUUUUCAGCAUAAGAUUCUGGAAAAAGAACUUCCGGCUCAUUUUUCAUUCUGAUGCAUCACGAAGAAAACAUUUGAAGGCUCAAUCUUCUAGGAGACGAAAAGUAGCCACCCCUAGCGGAUUUUGUGACCAGUUUUUUGUGGUCGGAAUCGAGCAAGUCGAUUUUGCAUAAAAAUAGGCCCGUCAUUCGUCGUCACAGUCGGAAUUCUCGAGUUCCCACUACGAUUUCUUGGUCGGAAGGAGCGACGUGAAUGCCCGAUGUCCAGCUCAGUCCGACCACAAAUUACUGGUCAACCUUUGUACAAAAACGAGCAGAAAACGGUCACAAAAUCCGCUGGGACAUGAUGAUUUGUUUAUGAGAGGUCGUUCAUGAAAUUCACAAAAUAGCAAAAAAUAGGGAACAAGAAGCAAUGGGUGUUGACAAACGAUUUAAUUUUCUGGAGUGCGCGACAGUGGACACUUCGGUUUUGACUUCCCAUCUCAAGUCCACGAACCCACCGAAUCGAGUUACCAAAUAAAAAACGUGUCGUUAACGAUCACCGACGUUUCAAAUCAUUUUAUGACCAAUCAGCAAUCGAAGGCACAGAGACUCGCGUACUCCCGAUUAUAAGAUCGAUGCAACAGAAAGAAAAAUGCUCGAGACAUCGAUGGUAUACACUGAGUUUAUUAAAAAAAUCGUCUGUCAGACUGGCGCAUGGGCGAAUAAAUAAAAAUAGGGACGAGCCCGAUGAACAGGGUUGGUCGCAGCAUUUGAAACUAUCAAAAAAUAUAGUUCAUACUCACGAAUUGUUCAUGAGCCAACAAUCAUUUUUAAAAUAUCAUUUUCAGUACGUUAUCGUUUUCUCCCAACUUCACUCGACUUGUACUCGAUCCACAAAUCUGCCCUCCCUUAUACCGACCUGAAAGAAAUUCGUUAAUUCGGAAAUAAUGAUUAAAAGUGAACGUCAGUUGGAGGAAAUUUCUAUGAGAGUUGUUAGAAGUUGCACAUUUUAUGAAAUUUUCACGAAACUCUUCGUUCUUUCAUGACAUGCUGUUCGAUGCAUACGAGUUCGUUCCAUGGCUAUGCGAAAAACUAUUUUUCCACGAAGCAAUGAGUAUUUCAUUAUACUUUUAAAGUGAACAGUUCAUAUUCCCAUUAUUCAACAUGGUUUAGAUAAGAAUUCAAAACUCAGCACCAAACUUCGUAUUCUGGAUUCAUUGGCAGAGCAAAAAGAGUGGAAAAGGUAGCAUAAAGAGCUCGUUUUCAACGCACAAAAAAAUUUUUCCAUCCAGACGACCACGUUUAUCGCGAUCACAGAUUACUCUCAAUCGUAUAGCUUCCACGAACUUAAUUUAAUAAAUAAGAAACGAGCACGGCGAAGGAACACAAACGUUUCAUUAUUUUACAGUUGUAUACAUUUACGAAGUUAUGAAACACUCGUUUAUCCAGGCAAAAUGAAGAGUACAAUUAUAGAUUAGUAACACGAGACAGACCGAGGAAUAAAUAUUCAAAACAAUUCUAUUGCUACCACAAUCAAAUAUCGAAUUUUCGGCGUUCCGCGUACGUACGUUAUUAUUCGCGAGAGGCUCGUUUAUCUGUGUCGUCAAAUUGCUGGACUGUGAUAGGGUAUGAGAAGGAAGAAAUGUAAACAAAACAUAAAUUAUAUAUUUAUACUACGAUUGGUACGGACCGGUCUCUAGUAAGGGUUUCAAUUCCUUACCCCAUCCGGAAAAAAAACUCAACGAAAUAAAAGAGAGAGAGACGAUGAUGGGAUACCUGAAGCAAGUAAUUUAUAGUUGAUGCCUUAAUAUGGUUUCAUCUGCGGAUAUUCAUUUGACGCAUGAAAUAUUUAUAUUACAUUAGAAAAAAAAUAUGGUUGAUAGAUGCAGUGUUCUCGAUAGUGCAAAGGCGAAUCUCGAAGAUUCUUGUUCGUAAAGUCGUUAGGGAGGGUGAAUCAAGAAAUAAAAAUAAUCAGAAUUUUAUAAAAUUUGGUGAUAACAUUCUUUGGCAUCAAGUAUACAAAUACAAUUUUUUUCAAAUUUUUUUACCACAU